CUGUCAGGUGGUUUGUAUAUGAGGUCUGAGGCUGAUAUCAAAACCAAACGGAACACGUUGACGUUGUCGGCUAUGGCAAUAAGACGCAAAAAACCGUUUCACGAGGUGGUGAAUGCACAGGGACUCCCUCAAAUAUGUGACGACAACUCAAAUAUUGUGAGACGUGGAGUCUGGCUCUUCGUCCUCUGUGGCGCAUUAGCAUUCACGGCUUUCAACAUCAACAACCAAAUAUGGUUAUAUCUAUCGGUUCCCGUCAACGUAAGGGUGGACAAUGUCCUAGACAAAACACUCCCUUUUCCUUCCCUCACUAUCUGCAAUAACAAUUUAUACCUAAAAUCAUCACUAACGACUAUUGGAAUGGAAGAUAUUAUUUACGGAUUGUUUCAAUUUACUGAUAUCAAGGACCAACUGUCCCCAGCUAAGGCCAGUUUUGAUGACACACCUGCGGAUUAUUCUGAUGGCCAUUACCGACUUAACCUUUCACACUCCAUUGAAAGAACUGUUGCCAAGUGUAACUGGGAGUCAGCGCCCUGUGGACAAGACGACUUUAUCUACAAGGAAACUGAUAUGGGUACAUGUUUUACAUACAAUGUCAAUGGUUCUCUGCGUGCUCGGAACUCCGGACGUGCCCAUGGGCUGCGCCUCUUGCUGAAUGUCCAGGAAGAGGAAUACACUCGGAGCCGUGACGGGUACCUUGGAACCGGUUUCAUGAUCGCUGUACACGGUCCGGAGGUGACCCCAAUCAUGUCUGAGAUGGGCAUAGCUGUAGCUCCCGGCUUCCAGCACUUCGUGGGUAUAGGAGUGAAGAGGGUAACAGCAAAGGAGGGUGUAGGUGGCUGUGGCAAGAAGCCUCUGAAGUAUCUAACGGGAAACUAUUCCCGACAUUCAUGCAGACAGGAGUGCCAGAUGGAUUUCAUCCUCAGCAUGUGCAACUGCAGGGACAUGUCAAAUCCAAACAAGGAUUUUGCAUUCUGCAAGCCCCAAGAGUACCAUGAAUGUUUCGCCCCAGCUAAAAAGAAAUAUCUGCAGACAGACACUGGGUGUGAAGCUGGAUGUCCUGAACCAUGUAGCUAUACCAGGUUCACCACCCAACACUCCAGCUCUCCACUGUCCAGGAACUACAUUACUGAGUACACCAAGGCCAAGGGUAAGACUGAAGAGUACUGGCGGAAGAAUCUCGUCAUUCUGGAGAUGUAUUUCAGUUCUAUGAUCUAUGAACACAUGGAAAAGCAGCUGGGGUAUGAAAUCCUGGAUUUAUUUUGUGACAUAGGCGGAGCAUUGGGACUGAUGCUUGGUGCCAGCCUACUGACAGUGUUGGAAGUGUUUGAUUUCAUGUUUCUUUCUGUCUUCUCGGCGGUGUUUGAAAAGAACAAAGUUCGUAGGAUUGACAUCGGCGAUAACGCCAAAUAAAGCAUGGAUAAUCUGAAUGGAAAACAUCAAUGUACAUGUACAUGAAUAAUUUGUAUGACUAUUUUUAUUUGACUGCAGAUGGUUAAUUUCCUAAUCAAUGAAAUUGCUUAUUUCGACAAUUGUUUAUUUCGUUCUCGGAUAAUACGUAGCUGAGACCUUUAAUGAAAUGAAUGACACUGAUCAAUUUUUUAAAGUAGCAUCGUUGUGGGGUAGGUUAGGACAAUUGUUUAAGAUGUUGUCUUUAUUAACAUCAAAGUCUGGAAGUAUUUUUGAAGACUGGAAUUGCACCAUAACAAUAA